AGCGGGCGCCUGGUGGUGGAGGUGGGCGGGCGCUGCCAGUUCCCCCAGGUCAGACCCUUCCUCGACCAAGUGGCCAAGAAACUGCCCUUCCCGGCCAUCCCCGUCAGCAGGGAAGGGCUGCAGGAGAUGAGGAAGGAGGAAGAGGAGAAGAAAGUCACCAACCAGAACCCCUGGACCUUCGAGAGGGUGGUGACCACCAACAUGCUGGGCAUGCGCAAGUACCUGAGCCCCUGCGACCUGCGCUUCAAGGGGCGCUACUGGGGGAAGUUCUUCCUCAAGCACCGGGUCUGA